UUAGUGGUUUGCACAUUUGCCUCGCACUUCCCGGGUUGGGGGUUCGAAUCCCAGCUCCGCCCUGCGUGCACAGAGUUUGCACGUGCUUCAGGGGUUUCCUCCAGGUACUCCGGUUUCCUCCCCUAGUCCAAAGACUUUCUAGAUUUCUAAACUGUCCAUGGAAAUGUCAAUCUAUAUGGGAUUGUGCCCUGCGUUGGGUUGGCAUCCUGUCGAUGGUGUCCCCUUCCCUCUGCCCUGAUAGGCAGGCUCCACUGUAUAGGAUAAGCGGUAUGGAAAAUGGAUGGAUGGAUGGAUGGAUGGAUUGUUUUCCUGCAAAUAAAUGACAUAAAAGUGUAUCAGGUUUAAGGUAGCAGUAUAAUGAGCUAUUGAGAAUAAGUGUCCAGGAGUACAUAGAAGAACCAUUAAGGAUUUUAGAUUUUUUUUUUUUUUUUACCUCAUAUUAUUUAAUUAUUCAUUUAUUUCUUGCAAUCAUAGUUAUGCAACAAAAAAAGAGGGCUCAUAAAUAGCAGGUGUGCAUUCAGAAUGGUUGUAGCCCAAAUACCUCUUUAUUCUGCAUAUAAAUGCACUAGAUAAGAGAGAAAAUAAAAUAACGACUAUUUAUUACUAGUAGUGCUUCUGGAUUAAUUGCUCUGGAAGCAACCUAGGAACAAUUUCACCUCUGCCGGAAGUAGAACCCAGAACUCAGGGCCGAAUCCUAAAAACUACCCUACUGGACAUAUAGUGCACUACAUGGUGUAAAAAGCUAUGUUUUCACGAUGUAUCUAGGGCACUCAUAUAUGGAACAAGGAUGCAUUUGGGAUUGAGCCUAAGUGUGUUUUUGUUUUGAAUGGCAAGAGGAUGUGCAUGUAGGAGCUAGCUGGGCUAAUCUCGAUUGUCUGUGGAAAUAUGAUAAUUACCUGGCCAGCAGGACCACACUCAUGAUGAACUUCGACGGUAUGGACCCGGCACUGGGCGAGUACGCGGCCGGCCUGCACGGAGGCCUGGAGCCCGGGCUGGACCCGGCUCUGGACCCGGCGCUGCUGCAGGCCGUGGAGCUGGACCCGGACGCCAUGGCCGUGCCCGUGGUCGAGGGCAUGUACUCCGAGCUGCACAGUGUGGCAUCCGAGGUCGGAGUUCCAGUCACAGCGACCCACUUCGACUUGCAGGAAGAGCUGCUGUGGAUCGGGAACCACCGGGGACAUGCAAGCUCCUUUUUUGGGCCCACGAUGGGGCGUUACUCCUCUUUCCAGGUGCACCUGGCUGAUGACAUCCGCCAUAUUCAGAGCAUGGACACCAGCGUCCUGUUUCUGACUAAGAGUAACCUCAAGUGCCUUACACGCGGAGGCCUCAUCAUGUUCGACUACCCGAUGGAGGAGGGUGUUGACAUGCACAGUUUGCUGCUCACUGACAAUAACACGCUGUUGCUGGGAGGCUUGCAGAACUACGUGACCGAGGUGGAUCUGAACACCGUGCAGGAAACACAGAAAUUCACCGUGGAGAUCCCUGGCGUGGCCAUCAUGAGGCAGUCCAAUCGUUUCUUCUUUUGCGGACAUACGUCAGGAAAGGUGUCUUUGCGAGAUCUGCGCACCUUUAAAUUGGAGCACGAGUUUGACGCGUACUCGGGCAGCCUUUCCGAUUUUGAUGUUCAUGGCAACCUGCUGGCGGCGUGCGGUUUCUCCAGCCGUGGCCUCAACGGCCUGUCAUGUGAUCGCUUCCUAAUGGUGUACGACCUGCGCAUGAUGCGAGCUGUUACCCCUCUGCAGGUGCACGUGGAUCCGCUGUUCCUCCGCUUCAUCCCUACCUACACUUCCCGGCUGGCCAUUAUCUCCCAGACAGGUCAGUGUCAGUUCUGCGAGCCCACAGGUCUGGCUAACCUGGCUGAUAUUUUCCACGUGAACACAGUAGGCCAGCUGCUAAUGAGCUUCGACGUGUCGAGCAGUAAGCAGGCGCUGGCGUUCGGAGACUCGGGCGGUUGUGUGCACCUGUGGUCCAGCGCCCCCGACGUCUCCUUCAACGACUACUCCAGAGAGACGGAGCUGGCACUGCCGUGCCUCGUAGACUCACUGCCCCAGCUGGACUGGAACCAUGAGCUGGUUCCCAUUUCUCUGGUGCCCAUGCCACUCACCAGCACAGAGCCUCUUCUCUCAGACUGGCCCAGCAACCUCAUCACACCCAGCCCCAGACACGCACCUGCAGUUGACCCAGAGAUUUUGAGGACGAUGAAGACUGUCGGGUUUAUUGGAUAUGCCCCGAACCCUCGUACACGCCCCAGAAAUCAGGUUCCUUAUAAGAUAAAGGAGGUGGAGCUGGAGUAUGACAGCUAUAACCAGGUUCCAGAGUCUCCAAUUGGACGAGAUGAGGAGCCUCACCUUUACAUGGUCCCAAAGAAGUACAGAAAGGUCACCAUCAAAUACUCCAAAUUGGGGCUGGAGGACUUUGACUUCAAGCAUUACAACAGAACUCUGUUUGCUGGUUUGGAGCCUCAUAUACCCAAUGCUUACUGUAACUGCAUGAUCCAGGUGUUGUAUUUCCUGGAGCCAAUUCGAUGCUUGGUGCAGAAUCACCUGUGUCAGAAGGAGUUCUGUUUGGCCUGUGAGCUCGGCUUCCUCUUUCAUAUGCUGGAUCUGAGCAGAGGAGACCCCUGCCAGGCCAGUAAUUUCCUGCGGGCGUUCCGGACCAUCCCUGAAGCGUCGGCUCUCGGCUUGAUCCUGGCCGAUUCUGACGAGCAGACGGGCAAAGCCAGGCUCGGUCGCCUAAUCCAGAGCUGGAACUGCUUCAUCCUCACACAGCUGCAUCAGGAAACUCAGGAGCAGGAAGGACCUCAGGCUUACAGAGGGACCAGCAGUACACUGGGUUCCUCAGGGGAGUCGGUGAUCGGCAGGCUGUUUGGCUGUGAGGUGGAGAACAGUAGUCUCUGUCGCUGUGGGAAGGAGACCGUGCGCUCCUCACUCACCCUACUCUUCACCAUGCACUACCCUGAGCACAGCUCCCUUGAAAAGUUCCCAGAAUAUGACUUUGCUGACAUCCUGAAGAAGAGCAUCUGUCUGGAGCAGAGCACACAGGCCUGGUGUGAAAACUGUGAAAAAUAUCAGCCCACAGUGCAGACAAGGAACAUCCGUUGUCUGCCUGAUGUGUUGGUGGUAAACUGUGAGGUGAACAGUGUGAAAGAAGCAGAGUUCUGGAAAGCCCAAGCUGAGUACUCCUUCAACAAGGCACUGAAGAAAGAAGCUGCAGAGCCACCAAAGCCCAAAGAGCCUCUUCCUACAGAGUGGUGCUUAGAGGAUGAGGUCGGCAGUGCGGAAGGUUUAACCUUUGACACACGAGCAGAGGACCUGAGGCAUGUGUGGAUUCCACAGAGUCUGAAGAUGUGCAUUAAUAAGACACACGGUCUGGAGGUGUGCAGCUGGCCCGAGACUGAUGAGUUAAGUCCAGAGGAAGAGUCUGAGGGAGCUGCUGUAUAUGACCUGGUGGUCACUGUGCCUCACAUUCUCGACCCCCGUACAGGUGGAAACCUGGUGGCUCAUAUCAAAGUGGGAGAGACGUACCACCAGAGGAAAGAGGGGGUCACACAUCAGCAGUGGUACCUCUUCAAUGACUUCCUGAUUGAGCCCAUUGAUAAGACUGAAGCGGCUCAGUUUGAUUUAAGCUGGAAGGUGCCGGCCAUCGUUUACUACGCCAGGAGGAACUACCAUACUAAAUAUGACCUGCGCAUUAAAAACCCGAUUGAAGCCAACGUGCUGCUGACAGAAGCAUCACUGGCCCGCAAACAGAGGAAGAGUCACGCCACAUUCAUCCCUCUGAUGGUGAGUGAGAUGCCUCAGGCUGGAGACCUUGUGGGACUGGACGCAGAGUUUGUCACGCUCAAUCAGGAAGAGGCGGAGCUACGAAGCGACGGUACCAAGUCCACCAUAAAGCCGAGCCAGAUGUCUGUGGCUCGUAUAACUUGCGUGAGGGGACAGGGACCAAACGAGGGGGUUCCUUUUAUUGACGAUUACAUUUCAACACAGGAGCAGGUGGUCGAUUACUUGACUCAGUACUCGGGAAUCAAACCUGGUGACCUGGAUGCCAAAAUUUCUUCUAAGCACUUAACCACUCUUAAGUCCACUUACCUCAAACUCCGCUUCCUUAUUGACACCGGAGUUCGUUUUGUUGGCCACGGUUUACAGAAGGACUUCCGAGUCAUAAACCUGCUGGUCCUGAAAGACCAGGUGAUAGACACAGUCUACCUCUUCCACAUGCCCAGGAAAAGAAUGAUCUCUCUGCGUUUCCUUGCCUGGUGUUUCCUGGACUUAAACAUUCAGAGUGAGACCCAUGACAGUAUAGAGGACGCACGCACCGCUCUGCAGCUGUACAGGAAGUACUUAGAGCUGAGCCGUGGGGGGCUGGAGGAGUUCCGGAAAGUGCUAAAGGGCCUUUAUGAAAAAGGACGUAAGCUAGACUGGAAAGUGCCAGAGUCAGACUCUGCAGACAGCCAGGGAAGCCCCAAAGGUACCGCUGUGUUCCCCUCAGUGCUCGGCUUAUGAUCAGAGUGAAAUUCCUUUUUUGCAGCAGUAACAUUCCAGCCAAAUGGACUAGCUAUUCUUCACUCAUCCAUCCAGGAGUCCUCGAUAUCCCUGACAAAGCCAGCCGGUUUACCGCUAUAAUCAUUGCCUCGCUGUUACAAACACUGGAAAAGCAAACACCGAUUUAUACCACUAAUUUUGGGAAAAGUGAACAUGCAGUUAGGGAAAAAUGACUUGGUUUGAUGCAUUUGGAAUCAGUUCCCUUAGAUUGGUUUAAAGGAAUAGUUUAACAAAAAAAAAAGUGCACGUUUUUCACAUUACAAGACAUGUUUGGUAAUGUACAGUGAAUCUAAAAAAGUCUGCACACCCCUGUUACAACUUUUAAUGCGAUACCUUUAAUGUUGAUAUAGCAGCUAAAAAAUUAAGUGAAUAACAAAUACAAAUGUUUUAGGGAAGAAAAAGAAAAAAAAUCUCGAAAUAACCAACCCCUUGUGCACACCCCUUAACUUAUACUUUGUUAAAGCACCCUUUGCUUGUAAUACAGCACUCAGGCUUUUUGGUUAAGAGUCUACCAACUUCGUACAUGAUUUGACAAUGUCCUCAAACUCUGAUAAUGUUUAAUUUCAUUUUAUUCAUUUCAUUUUGAUAGACUUUUUAUAGACUCGUGGGUGAGUGUAUGAUUACCUUGACUACAUUUGUGGUAAUUAAAUUUUUGCUCAGAUUAUCCCUUUUAGCCUGCGUGGUUAAGACUCCGUGCUAAUGACGUGGGCUGAGUUUCCCGAAAGCAUAGCAAAGUUAAGAUUAUUUCAUCUGGGAAAGAGAGUGUUCAACGUAAUACUCGCAUUACUGUUUAACGAUGAUCUUUGUGCGGCAAUGCUUUUGGGAAACUCAGAACGGUGCGAGUUCAAAUCCCAGCACUGCCAAGAUGCCACCGUUGGACCUUUGAGCAGGACUCUUAACUCUCAUCUGCUUGGCAAAACUGUAAGGCACUUGACGGCCCAGUGAGGAAUUAUAUCCAGGACUGAUAUAUUUGCCACUCCAGUGGGCUUAAACUGCAUAUACUUACAUCUGCGUUCAUUAACUCAGCAAUUUACUGGUGUUGUUUGAGUCACUUUUUAUAAGCGAUAAAGCGUCUCAAAAUGACCAUUUAAAGAAAUGUUCAAAUUGUGGUGUUAUUAAAUAAUACCAGCAUUUUGGAAUCCGGUGAGCUAUCCACAUCCACAUCCAGUUUGAAGAUGAUGGCUAUUAGUGACACCUUUUGAAUUUGCUUUACGUGCAUAUUUUGAGAUUUUAUCUCUAUCUCUGACUUUUUUUCCCCACCGUAGCAUCACUAAUACAUCAUUUGAUGUAUGUUUCAGUCCUGGCUGUACACUGACUCCACAUCGUACCGGGACAAAUUUGCGUCAGCUUUUCCUGUUUUGACCUUCCUGUAGAGUCCGACAGUGCACGUACUGAAUUUUUGGUGUUCGUACAGGAAGCCAAAGCAAACAAACUGUUGUGGUGUUUUUUUUUGUAUUUUGUAACCAUGAUGUAUACUUUCAUAAUGAAGCAGCUGAAUAAAAAAUUUUUUGGACACUUUGGGUGAUUAGGUAUCAUUAACACUGGGAUUACUAUAAAGCAUGAAUUACAAAGGGAAAAGGAGUAGGAAUGAAAUAUACUCCAUGAUGGACAGCUGAUGCUUAUAGACAAAUUGCAUCAAAUCAAAAAAUAAGUGAUAAUCAAAAUAUAUUGUGCUGGUAUCUAAUUCCUGCCAAGAUCCACCGGACAUAACAGUAACGCUAAAAGGCUUGAAAUCUGCCUGUCUUCGUUUCUCUUUCUGCAUUUGUUUCAUCAUCCAGUCUGCAUUUGAAAAGUGCACAAUGUGUGCAUUAUUUGAUUAUCAUUACACAUGAAUUAGCUGAAAUUAUUGAGCCGUUUACGUACUAGAUUAAGAUAUUUAGAUACUUAAAACAGCACUAAACCAUUUACUAUUCUGAAAGGUGUUGAUUAAUUGACUAUAACCGCAGCUCUGACUGUAUUGACAGCAGUAGUAUAAUUUAAUUCAAAGUUUAAUAUUAAUGCACGCUUUGUAAUAAGUUAUAGUUUCUAUAGUAACAGCUUACAUGAUGCU